CGGGCCCCUCCAGGCAAUCUUCCCGCAACAGAAGCGCAGUUCGUACAAUCUCUCCAGUGGUGGCGAGACAACUACUCGCAUGCGCUCGAUCAUAAGACGACAAAGCAAUUUGUCGACAAAGCGUCGGCGCAAGCAGUAGAGUACGCGCGCUCUUUACCGCAAAAGCCUGGUCCUAGCAGACAGGCUCCUCGAGUUGUACAGCCAUCUCCUGCUCCCAGUGCGUCCACCGGAAUGGGCGCCCCGACCAGUUCUUCUCGCUCUCGGGAGGAUGGACCCUCGUCCAGUUCUUCUAGGAGGGGAAAACGUGGUCGCGCACCAUCUCCAACAGGGACUCCAGGAGAAGUACAACCGAGACGUUCCCGCCAAGCUUCACAGGAACCGCGAAGCAGCGACAGCGAUAGACAGACUCCUUUCAGUCCGUCUCCGCAGUUGCCGCAAGCGAUUCCUAAGAAGGAUCAACCGCCGUGCAUCUUCUGUUCGAACAGAGGGCACUAUUCCGCUGAAUGCCACUACAGAAAACGUCUUUCGGAGAGGGCUAGUAUCCUCCGAGACAUCAAAGUACGAUCGACAAAAUGGGCAAGGACUGACGACGAAGAUGGGCAAGUACAGUCAACUAAGAUGGGCACGUGGCAAACGACGACGACUACGAUUCUAUUCUACAACAUCGUCAAGUCAAUCAACAUCUUGCUACGUCACAUCAAGUUGCUGUUUCGAGUUCGAUGGUUUCGAUGGUCAAUCAGUCCAAUGGUCAACGACGAAUGGAAAGUGGAGGAUUCCGGCGCAAUUCUGUAA